AUGAUCCUGGGGCCUGUCCUUCGCAAGCGCUGUACACUUUCCAACUUGCUCAAAGCCGACGGAGCAGGAGCAAGGGUUUCCUUCAGUUGUGGUGCCAGAGAUGAUGCGAACAAGACCCACGUAGGCAACCUGCUGGCUUCGUACCAGCGGUUACUUCAACGCGGCUCGUUACUUCCGGACGCCACACAGGCGGCAGCCGUACGCGCGCUGCAGCUGCUGCAAGAUGCCGUACUUGUCCGAGAGGCCCAACGAGCUGCUCGUCAAAACGACGGCGGCGGCAACGCCGGAAGCACCAGCAGCGACGGCGAAGCGGCGAGAGCACAGGCACGGUACACCACUGACGAUGGCCUAGACGCCGCAUCAUACGCGACACCGCCGCCCGCGCCGCCGCCACCUGCCGCACUCCGAGGAGCCUACCUAUGGGGCCCCGUGGGAUCCGGGAAGACCGCCGUCAUGGAUCUGUUCGCGGAAACAACACGGGUGCGGUUGGAGGAGGCAACGAUGGCGGUGACAGCGACAGAGGCAGAGGCAGCCGCGCCGCCGCUGCAGCAGCAGCAGCAGCAGCAGCUGUCGGCGGCGGCGGUGACGGCAUCGGCGUCGGCGUCGGCGUCGGCGUCGGCUCGCUUCCCGGCGCCUAUAGGCGAUUCUCGUUUCGGUGGCACGGAUGUGUGCAUCCGCCAGCACUUCCACGAGUUCAUGCUGGGAGUCCACGGACGUCUUCACGAGCUGCAGGUGCAGAGGCCCCGGAUUGUGGCUCGCAGCAGGCAGGGAAUGCUGGUGUACAGGUACGCGGAGCCCGAAGAGGAUCCUUUGAUCACAGUCGCGCGGGAAUGGGGGCGCCGUACUGCCGUACUGUGCUUGGACGAGCUGCAUGUGACUGAUGUUGCGGACGCCAUGAUCCUGUCCAGGCUAUUCGGCUCUCUCUUACUGGAUUUCCGUACGACUGUGCUCUUCACAUCCAACCGACCGCCCAACGACCUCUACAAGGGCGGCCUCAGUCGAAAGUACUUCGAGCCGUUCGUACGGUUAGUGGACGAGCAAAUGCUUGUAUUACGCGUUGCAGCGGAGGUGGAUUACCGGCGGCGGGCAGCCGCCGCCGCAGCGGAGCCGGUUUCUGCUGUACGGCGGCAAGCAGACGAUGGUGAUGCGGUCGAGGGUACGGCGGCGGCGGGGCCAGCCGCCGUGACGUCAGAAUCUGCUUUGAAAGAUUUGGCUGGCCAGGAUUUACAGAAGCCCCCUGGCCGUUGGCUCCUUGGUUCCGGAGCGGGGGCGGCGGCAGCAGCGGAGGAGCGGCUUCGGAGCCUAUGGGAUGCAGCUACCGGCGACAGAGGCGGCGGUGGCGUUCCUGUGGUGGUACCUCUGGCGUACGGCAGGACGCUCAAGGUGCCGUACGCCUUGGGCGAUGCAGCCUGGUUCACAUUUGAGCAACUAUGCGGUGCGGUGGGCCUCCGAGCAGCGGUAGACGACGGCGGCGCACUGGCGGCUCCGUGCUUUCUGGCGCUGUGCCGCCACUUCAGGGAGCUAUACAUCACGGGGGUUCCGGAGCUGGGACCAGCCCAGCGUGACGAGGCGCGGAGAUUUGUGACGUUGCUGGACGUAGCGUACGACAACAAGUGCCGCCUGGUGGUGGCGGCGAGCGUUCCGCCGGACGCACUCUUUGCACCGCUGCUGGAGGAAGCCCGCCGCCAGGGCAUCUACCCGCGCCUGAGUCUGCCCAAGACCGCCAGCCAGGCUGAGGCGAAGCACCAUCAGGGGGCGAACACAGCCACUGGUGCUGCCGCAACGACCACUUCACUGCCGCCGGCAGCCGCCUCAGCGGUCACUACUGAAGAACAGCCCACUGCUGCAAGAAGAGCCGCCGCCGCGUCCGAUUUCGUCGUGCCCUCCGCCACUCCACCGCUGCCCAGCACCAUCACAGAGCCCACCGCAAGUCAAGGUCCCCCUAGGACUCACAUUCCGGGGUCAUCAUCAGCAGUCGUUGAUGAUAACGUUCAUCCGAGCGAGUUCACCGGUGCGGCGCUACAUGGCGCCGCUCCCUCGCAACCACGCCCUUCGCCUGCUGACUUGGCGGUGCCCCGCUUUGUCCUUGGAGAGGAGGUGCUCAUGUACCACCGAGCAAUGUCACGGCUUGCGGAGAUGUGUUCUGUAGUUUCAGUGGCAGGAAAUGCAUUGGACUGAAGGACUAAAGGACUGGCGGCGAAAUGAUGGACAGCUGGUGUCUGUAUGUGUGUGUGUGGGGGGGGGAGGGUUCAUGGGUUUUUCACCAGAGGUGAAUUUGCAAAGAUGUGUGUUUUCCCCUUCACUAGUGAUCAAAGAUAAAAAAAGUCAGUUCAUGCGAAAAGGAUGAUAUGCAUCUUUUUAAAAUAUGUCUGUUAUCCAUGGAUACUCGUUAUGUUCGGUGCCUCAAAGAUUUGCUGUACUUUUGGGCAGGGGUGUCUAGCUGCCCCGCUGCCUAAAGGAUGCAUGCACAGCAGCCGCGGCUGGGGGAGCACUGCACCAAGUAUGGGGUUUCUAUCGCUUGUAACCAGCAGUUCUUU